CAGCACAAAGGUUUCUGUUUGCCAGUUUGCCAGUCCUUCAGUUGCCUAGAGAUCAUAAACAGUAGUAGCCAAGCUGCUGGAAAGGAUGUGUGGCUGUACCUCUAGCACUGAGACUACCUCAUAUUCUCUAGAUCAUUCAAAUGAUGUUUCUUCAACCAAAGUUUCCAAGAAAACACUCAAACGUGUUCCAAUUUCCAAGCAGUUGGCUUCUAUAAAGGGUCUAGGAAAAAGCUCUGAUCUAGAAAAAGCUGUGGCUACAGCAACCUUGAUUUACGAUAAUGCAGCAGAUGCUGAGGGCAAACUCAGCAAAUGUGAAGCUAAGAAGCUGCUCCUAAUUCAGUUUAUGCAUUUUAUACAGGGUCAAGAAACCAAACCAAAGUAUCAGGAAAUGAUGUCUGCUCUUGAUGAGAACAAGAAUGACAAAAUCGAUUUUGAAGAUUUUAUGGUUCACGUGGUUAGUCUCACCUUGAUGUCUGAUCUGCGGCAAGAGAUUCAAAAUGUGCAAAAAUCUAAAUGAUUAAGAAUGUCAAUUAAACAGACUGGGUUGGGAAGGGGGGAGGUUGGAUUUUUAAAGUGCUUUAGGGAACAUUACUAUUCCAGAUAAAAUUAUUUGGGACAUUAUUAAUAUCUAUCAAUAAAUCAAUAUUAUAGACCAAGUAGCUCUUUGGGCAACAAAGGUACAAAAAUAGAUUAGUUGUCCGUUUCUGAGAAGAAGAGCACACUUUGAAAAGGAAUGCUUCUAAAUUCUGCAAAAUAUUGUGCUAGAUGAAGUUUGAUUAUUAAGUGAAAUGUUAACGAACAAAUCCAUCUGCAAAAUUCAGACUGUGGUCUAGAUACAGCCAUAUUGUACAAUAACAGCUAUGGGGAGAAUAAUUUCCUGCCCCAAUUCCAGAUAUCUCAUAAAAAUAAAGGUUUUUAGCCACAGCCAGUGACUGGUAGAAACAUAUCUUUCCAUUUAUACAAGGAAUGACUAUGGAGAAGAUACCUGAUGAUGUAUAUGAUGCCUUAAAUAUCGAUUAAUUUGUUUACACAAAGAUACCAGUAGUUGAUCACCUUCUUCUGUUGUACAGAUGAUAAUUCAAACCAGGAAUUUCAAUCUGGAAAGGCCUAAAUUCAUACUAGCGAAGUAUAAUUGUUCAAUGCCCUUGAUAGCUAUACUGAAUGAAUUUCACAUUGGCUUUUAAGGAGUUUUACCUACAGUAAUUUUAACUAACUUUAGGAAACUUUCAGGAUUGAAAAGCUGACAUUCAAUAAUGGUUUAUGUCUAAAUUUAAAGGAAGAUUAUACUAUUUAUUCCUAGUAACUUUGAUUUGAUUAUUCCAAGCUCCAUUAAGCUACUGUAAUUAAAACAUCAAUAAAA